AUGGCUCUUUAUGCAACGGAGAGCUCUGAUUUUCUCCAUCGUUAUGGUGCUGAGAUAAAUCGCAGACAGGAAUUACCAACACGUUACCGUUCCAAUGGCAUGAGGACAGAGAGACCGGUUGGAAAUACCAGAUAUAGAAACGGUGGAUCCUCUCAAAACACAGCCCGUUACUCUGGUUCUCAUUUAUUCUACUCGGGUUAUGAUGGAUUGGGGUCAUAUGCACCUUAUGACUCAAAUCUUGGGGCCCCCACGAUCAACGUAUCUACUUCCACCAGCAGGAAGGCCCCUGCUGCGAACUACAAGGACGCACCUUCUUUACAAAACGUGUAUGCUCCUCACAAGAUUUCCUCUGCUCGCCUAUCUCAGCACGAAUCCAGUUCCAUAUUUAAUAACGAUUUUCUUCACCGUGGAUCCAUUAACACCGAUCGGGUUAAUUCAGACAGAAUGUAUGGCGCAGAUUUAAAUCGUUUUAUAGAUACAAAACGUUAUGCGCCAUCAAAUUACCGAAUACCUCCAAGUACUUGGAAUACUUCGAGAGAUAACAUCUCAGAUUAUGAAAAGUUUCACAGAACCCCCAAGACCUCCUUACCAUAUACUGCCUUGAAUAAUCAUGCGAUUUACGAUACUUCAAACAACUCAAACUAUAUAUCCGAACCGCGCCUUUACGCUGCUCCCCACCUUCAACAGAGAAACUCCUAUUUAUCAUCAUAUUUAAGUGACACCUCAAACGGAAAGCAGAACAAACAUCUAUCCAAUGAUAGACGAAACGGACACGAGAACAUUUACCCCAUACCUUAUCGCAGUGGCCUGGAAGCGAAAGAACAUAAUGGCUAUCGGAUAAAAUCUUUUCCAUCAGCGUCACUGAACAACCUCAACAAUGCUGAUAAACUGUCGUAUGAGAAGAACAACAGUUAUGUCAAAGAAAUUUCUAAUGACGCUAAUGGGGAAGAUGAACUUGAAGAUGAUGGCUACUUUGCCGAGGGUGACCCGCUAACCCCAGCUGCAGCAAAGCAGAAAUACGGAAAAUAUUUGACAGCUUACGAAAAGGAGGAAAUUUUACUUUAUCCUGAAAUUUAUUUCGUUGGAAAACACGCCAAAAAGCGACAACCGAGUAAAAACUUAUUGAUCAGUGGAGCAAAGGAAUAUUCAUUUCAAGGCGUAAACAAUAUGGCAAAAAGCGGACCCGUGGUCGCCGGUUACGAUGACUCACAAUCCGGAUAUAUUGUAGUACUCAACGACCACAUUGCAUACAGAUACGAGGUUAUCAAGUUGCUUGGAAAAGGAAGUUUCGGUCAAGUUGUUCAGGCCCGUGAUCAUAAAACAGGCGAGGAUGUUGCACUGAAGAUUAUUCGCAGUGAAGAUAGAUUUGCACGUCAAGCAAAAGAGGAAAUCCGAAUCCUUCAGAAGCUCAACGAACAAGAUACAGAAAAUAGACACAACAUUGUCAGAUUGUUGGAUAAUUUCAAGUUCAGGGAGCAUGUAUGCAUGGUGUUCGAAUUGCUAAGCUCAAAUUUAUACGAGCUGCUGCAUAUGAAUGAAUUCCGAGGCUUGCAGCAAGCAGAGGUGUGCACGUUCACCAAGGGAAUUUUAGAGUGCUUGGAACUUCUGUUUAAGUGA